AUGUCGGAAGCACCCCAGUCACCGCCGCAACAGCAGCAGCAGCAGCCGCCCCAGCAAGAGGGCCAACCACAAAUCAACCUGAUGCCUGCAGGACUCCAGCCCGGCCAGCAACCCACCCCCGAACAGAUCCAAGCCAUGCAGCGUCAACUGGCCAUCGAGGCGCAAAAGAACGGCAUGACAGUCCCGCAAUACGUCGAGCAACUCAAGGCCCAGGCCAUGCGCCAACACAUGCAGCAGCAGCAGAUGCGCCAGCAACAAAUGCAACAACAGCAGAUGCAGCAACAACAACAGCAGCAGCAGCAACAGCCCAUCACCCCCGGCCCUCCCAAACCCGAGGCCAUCGCCGUUGCCAACUUUCUCCAAAGCCAGGACCUCAAGGUCCGCACUUGCGUCUUCCAGGAGAAGCGCAAGGACAUGUUCAAAGUCAAGCGUGCAAUUCGUGCUCUCGAAUCACCCGCCUACGAAAAGGCUCGCGCNAAAAACCCUCUCCUACCUGCCGUCACCGAUCGCGCAAGUGCCGAAAACACAUUCAAGCUGCUCCCUCUAUCUCUACUUGCCCUCCGUGUGUCAAAGAUCGAACAGCCAGCCGAGCAGCAAAAGAAGAAGCGUGUCAAGGGCCUCUGGACCGUCAAGGUGGAGCAGCAGCAAGAGGCGCGCGACGAGUUCCACUACGUCUGGCUGUAUGAGGGCGCCCAGUGGAAGACCAAGCUCUACGCUGUCGGUGCUCUUGCCCUGAUUCUCGCCAUCGUCUUUUUCCCCGUCUGGCCCUACAAGUUGCGCAUCGGUGUGUGGUACCUCUCGAUGGCAUGUCUCGGACUGCUCGGCCUGUUCUUCGCAAUGGCCAUCUUCAGACUGAUCCUAUUCCUCGUCACCAUGUUCACGGUACCUCCUGGUCUCUGGCUUUACCCCAACCUCUUCGAGGACGUGGGCUUCUUCGAUUCGUUCCGCCCAGUGUGGGGCUGGCAGGAGACUGCAGACGACAAGAAAGUAAAGAAGGAACAGAAAAAGGCAAAGAGAGAGGCCAAGCGUUUGGCGAAGACGGGUGGUGAAAAGCUUGCCGAAAUGGGCGAGAGGGUGCAAGAAAUCUUGGACGAUGGCCACGGUCAUGACGGACAUGUACACAAGGAGAACAUCUCAGGACCCAUCAUGCAGCCUACUGCCGAGGGUACGAGUACUUCGGGAGCACAGGCAGCAGAGGGUCAGGCUAAGCAGCGCAUCAUGGCUGCCAGUGUCGAGGAAGCUGAGGACGAGUAG